GUAGUCCCGUGCAGUCGACGUCGUCGUAGAGCAGUCUGGCAAUGAAGUUAGCUGCUUAUGUUUCACUCGCUUUUGCACUCGUUGUCCGUUGUCGUUCAGGGUCCAAUAGUCUUGCUUUUGUUGCUCUGGGAGACUGGGGUGGAAAAGGGACAAAUCCGUUCACAACUCAUGCGGAAUUGCUAGUCGGAAAGGCGAUGGCAGAGACAGCAACAAGUUUGCAGUCAAACUUUACUGUUGCUCUCGGGGACAACUUCUACUAUUAUGGUGUUAAAGAUGUAUCAGACUCACGCUUCAAGAACACAUUUGAGGAUGUGUUUACUGCAAAGUCACUGCAGUCUCGCUGGUAUAUGGUCUUGGGAAAUCAUGACCACUAUGGAAAUGCAUCAGCUGAGAUUGAUUACACCAACCAUAGUGAUAGAUGGUAUCUACCUAAUUAUUACUACACAGAGGUACUGUCUAUUGGAGACAGCAAUGCUACACUUCAACUGGUUUUUAUUGACACAGUGCAACUUGCUGGUCUUACAGACCCUUUUGACCAUUCAUUGCCUCCUGGUGGUCCUGAAUCUAUCUCAGCAGCCAGCGACCAAUGGGAAUGGAUUGAAUCAACUCUGAAGACAUCUAACGCAACAUGGUUAAUUGUUGCUGGUCAUUACCCUGUGUGGUCAAUAGCAGAACAUGGACCAACGAAUGUACUGGUUGCACAGCUCAGGCCGCUGUUAGAGAAAUACAACGUGACUGCGUACCUUUGUGGUCAUGACCACAAUUUGCAACACAUUCGUGAGGAAAAUAGUACUGUCAACUACUACCUCAGUGGUGCUGGUCACCUGACUGACCCAUCCAUCAAGCAUAAAGAUAGUAUACCAAACGGCUCUCUCCGUUUCCAUUAUGGACCAAAUGAUCUGCUCUCAGAUCAUGGAGGAUACACAGCAUUCCAGUUGUCAGCUACUGAAAUGACAGUUACGUACUUCUCUGAUACAGGAUCCCAUCUUUAUAGCACAACUGUGACUACGCCCCGUUCAAGGGUGUAACAUUAGCUACUCAUGUUGUGUUUACACGUGUGACAUCUAUAUUCAUGAUAACAAUUUAGAUGGUACAAGUAUUUAUGUGAGGUUGGACUU